CAUCAACCAGCCAGGGUGUGAGCCAGCCUGAGUGUUGCUCGUAAUGCGAUAAGCUUUUUAUUUCCACGGCAUCUCCACUUCUGCCACUCGCAUGUCAAGACUACAGGCACGUUUUUCCUCGUCUUUUCCCCACACAAGAGGACGUCCACCAAAGCACCGUGAACCAGGUUGCAACAUCAACCCCUGCAGAUCGGAGAAGGUCUUCUGCGUGGAUUAGGUCGCAUCUCGCUGGAAGGACCUUAAACCUAUCACAUCCAAUCUUCAAGGAAACUGUAUUUUGAGAUGGAAACAGGGAAACGAUCUGUUAGGAUCAGACCAUGAGUCUGUAAGAUCAUGCACUGUGGAGACAUGAUUGGACUAAGGAGGAUGUGAAGAUGUCCCAGAACACUUCUAAAACGUGGUGCCUUAGGCUUCUUCCAGUUCUCGUCUUCGUCUCCUUAGUCACGUACUACCGCUCCUAUGCUGCACUUUGGAGCUAUGGCGGUCCCAGUAAGUCUCUGAACAGUAGCAAGUCGCUGUGUGGAGGCUGGCUAACUCAGAAGAAGUGGGAGAGCCUUAACUUUAACAUCAGCAGACGGACACAGCUUUUUCUGAACCUGAAGGACUUCUUCUGGCGGGAGUAUCAGUCCAAGCUGUCAUUACCUUAUGGCAUUAAAGGCAAUGAGCUGCUGUUACUCAAAGUUCUUGCAGUUACUUCCAACUACCAUGUGCCUGCUAACAUUGAAAACCUUGAGUGCAAAACCUGUGCAGUCAUAGGCAAUGGAUUUGUCAUUAAAAACAGCUCCUUGGGAAGCGUCAUCAAUAAAUACGACAUUGUUAUUAGGUUGAAUGAUGCUCCAGUAAGAGGCUAUGAAGAGGAUGUGGGUAACAAGACCACCAUGAGGUUCUUCUACCCGGAGUCCGCCUCCUAUAACCCUGCGCUGCAGAACGAGCCAGACACACUCAUGGUCCUGGUGCCUUUCAAACAGCAGGACCUAUGCUGGCUCAAAGAGAUAAUCUAUAAUGAGAAGAGGGUCAGGAAAGGCUUCUGGAAACCUCCACCCCAAAUCUGGUUGGGUGAUGUAAGUAAAGUCCGUGUACUGGACCCCCAUUUUCUGCACCAGACGGCACAUAAACUUCUCCGGAUUCCUCCCCAAAAAGGGAAACAGAUUCCUGUACACCCUACAUCAGGCAUCCUUGCUAUCUUUGUCGCGCUCAACUACUGCGAUGUGGUUCACAUUGCUGGAUUUGGUUAUCCCAGUUCAAAGAAUCAGCAGCAACCCAUCCACUACUAUGGAUACAACACUAUGAAAUCCAUGAAGAAUUCUUACCAUGAUCUCAAUCAUGAAGCUGAAGCCUUAAAAAGACUCAAGGAUUCAGGAGCGAUUCUUUACUUACACCAACAUAUAUGAUGCAAACCAUUCUCCCAGCAAAGUCCAACUUCUGAUAUUUAUCAAAAUAGGUGGUGUGAUCGCAAUCUAACAAAGUGCCUUUUGCAUUGGGAUUGAAAACUUUGCUUGCUUGAUCUUUCUGUGGUAACCUGACUGUUUAAGAUUUCACUUCAGCUCUGAAACUCAACAUUUUGCUUUUUUUUUCACUUUCAAAAUCUGUACUACAGCCUUAUAUUUCAACCUUUACCUCUGAAAACCAGUUAAUUUUGUUGGAGAGCCUUGUCCCAGAAAGUUGCCUGUUCAUUUUUGACAUUGAUUCACAGUCCUUGCAAUGGAAUGGAUUAAUUGUAGUAUUGUUGGUAAACAACCUUUCCAAACCUCUUCUGAGGAUUCACGUAUUAAUGAGUUUCAUGUGUAUGUAAAGGCAGCAGAGUUACAAUAAUGCUUUGGGUUUGUUCUUAAUCUCGCUAAGGUUCAGGACCAAGUUUCUUUUCAGUGUAGAUGUGUGUUUGGAGUCUAUGGAGAAUCAUAAUCAGCUAAUUUCUUUUUGGUACACUGCUCACAAAUGGACAUUAGAUUGACAUUACUGUUUCACUUCUUGGACGAGGAAUACUAGUUUCUUUUUGAUCAUUUGUCAUGUUUUUGAUUUAUUUUGAGUCAUUUAAUUUAUUUAAUUAGUUUACUCAGAGAAAAAUGUUUCCACUGGAUAUUUUUGUAUGUACAAAAUGAAGUACAUUUGUAAUUAAAAACAUGAUCAAAAUGA